GCGCGCGCUCCACUCCUCGCUCAGCCGCGGGGUGCGCAAGCAUGGAGGAGGAGGAGUGCAGGGUGCUCUCCAUCCAGAGCCAUGUCGUGCGCGGCUACGUGGGCAACAAGGCGGCGACGUUCCCCCUGCAGGUUUUGGGCUUUGAAAUAGAUACUGUGAACUCUGUCCAGUUUUCAAAUCAUACAGGUUAUGAUCAUUGGAAGGGGCAGGUGUUAAAUUCAGAUGAACUUCAUGAACUGUAUGACGGACUGAAAUUGAACAAUGUCAACCAUUAUGACUAUGUACUUACUGGCUACACAAGAGACAAAUCAUUCCUUGCAAUGGUGGUUGAUAUUGUUCAAGAGCUAAAACAGCAGAACUCUAAUCUAGUCUAUGUGUGUGAUCCUGUGAUGGGUGACAAGUGGAGUGGAGAAGGAUAUAUGUAUGUUCCAAAGGAUCUCCUUCCAGUUUAUAAGGACAAGGUUGUGCCUGUAGCAGAUAUAAUAACACCUAAUCAGUUUGAAGCUGAAUUACUUACUGGCAGGAAGAUACACACUGAAAAAGAAGCUAUAGAGGUAAUGGAUAUGCUUCACAAUAUGGGACCAGAGACUGUUGUAAUCACCAGCUCAGACCUGCAAGCACCUUCAGGAGAUGAUUACCUGAUAGCAUUAGGAAGCCACAGGAGAACUACAGCAGAUGGCAGCACAGUGACUCAGAGGAUCCGAAUGGAGUCUCCUAAAGUAGAAGCAGUCUUUGUUGGAACGGGAGACCUGUUUGCUGCCAUGCUCUUGGCCUGGACCCACAAGCAUCCAGACAAUCUUAAGGUGGCAUGUGAAAAGACUGUGUCAGCCAUGCAGCAUGUUUUGCAGAGGACCAUCAAGAGUGCAAAGGCCCAAGCUGGACAAGGAAACAAACCUAAUUCAGCCCAGCUGGAACUGAGGAUGGUCCAAAGCAAAAAGGACAUAGAAAACCCAGAGAUAAUAAUUAAAGCUACUGUGUUAUAAAGGUUGUAUAUCUUCUAACAACGCACAAUGUAUUGAUGUCCUCAUUUUCUUUCCUGUAAAUUGUAAUGUUUGCCUUAGAUCUGUGACAGAAACCUGACUUCCAUGAAAUAGUGCCCAGCAUAGAUGAGAUCCACUACCAAGCACAUGUGCUGGCCUUGCUUGAAUUAAGAAGAAGAAAAAAGUUAGGUGUGUAUUACAACUCCCUCCCAGGUAUGAAAAUGGCUGUCAGAUUAAUUCAGUCUUGAUUUAAAUCCUGGGUGCGGAAGCACAAGAUUUUCUGCCUUGCCAAAGACUUUCAGAAUGCAUUUGUUAGUGGAAUGAUUGUCUGGAGUGUAUAAACUGUGGUAAAGCAGCUUGUGCCAAUUGGGUAGGUUACCUUUUCCCUUAAAUGAAGAGGUUUGGUGGCCUGCUUCAAUAUUCAGUACCUCAACCACUCUGGAACAAACAAACAAAAAAGCAGAGGUCGUUUUGGGCAAAGGGCGGGGAAGGGGGGGUCUGAAGACAGUUAGCCUUUAGGUACUCUGUACAGGCUUUGGAGGUAUAACAGCUUGUGGUUGAGAACUGCUCCCAUUUCUGGUCUGUGAAUGCAAGUCUCCACUAUCCAGAGGUGCUAACCCUUUAAUAUCAAGCAACCUAAAGUACCCCUCCAUGUCGUUUUUUCUUUUCUUUUUGGUAACCCCUUCCUACUCUCCAUAAAGAAAUGCAGAUGAGUUAGAGACAAUGGUGAUUCUACCUCUGACAGAAUAUGCUUGACUCAGUUUUAUCAAAAGACUUGCAUGAUCAAGUUUCCUUAGUAAGUAUUAGUUAUUAAAUCAGAAUAGCCCAAUUCAUCUUCUAAUGGUGGCUAGAAGGGGAGUGAAAAGUCUGUGUGUUAUUUGUUGAGACCAAUUCACUGUUUAUGAUUGCUGGUUAGUGUGCUUCUACUUCACAGAAUGGACGAGGAGGUAAAAACAUGGUAUAACAAUAGGCUAAGUCAGAUACAUCCUUCCACCAAGGCACUACACAUGAAGCACUGCUGUUGCAAAACCUCAAUGCCUUUCAAAAACACUUGUGUAGGAAUCUCAUGCAAGCCAAGUAGAAAUAAAUGUACUUUACCCAGUAGUAGUUUCAGGGUAUUGCAUCCAGAUUGCAUGCAUUGAUACAGGUUUAUCAAUGUUACAGCCCUAUCUUCAUGAAUCUUAUGGAGUGAUUGUUCAAAGUUUCACUCUCAAAAACAGAUAACUGUGUGCUCCAGUGAAACUUAAAUAUGCUUAAAUACCUUGGAAACCAACAGGAAGUCUUGGAUUCUGUCACAUGCAAUAAUCUAUUAAAAUUGAUUAAAAUAGCUUUGAUUCUUUUUAGUUGCUGAAAAUUUAUUACUCUCAACACUGUGCAUAUUCAGUUAAUUUAGAAAUUUAAUUCUGUUAUUCCUGUCACUUUUUCCCCCUGGCUCUGUUUCUGUUUGUUUGUUUUCCAUAACUAAUAUGGAUAAACAGACAUUUGUGCUCUUUUUUCUUGAGAUAAAACAGGGUAUCGAAGCAAUCCAUGAUCCCUUGCACUUUUAUGGUAGUGUUAGUUCCUCCUUCCUUACAAAUAACCAGGGUAUUUUCAUCAUUUUUAUUAGAUCAUCAUUUUCUUGGACCUCUCUGGAAAAUGGGAUUCCAGAAAAAGUGCUGCCAUUAACACUUGUGACUCUUGAAGCCCCAAUGUGCAGACUGUGGAUUCUAUUGUUAGAAUCGUAAGAAUUCCAGCUUUCAUUUAUUUAAAACACCUAAUUUUCUAACCCUCAUGGUUCUUGAUGUAAGUUUGAUGGUCAACUCUUUCAUUGUGAUCCUCAAGAUCAAACAUUUUUUUCACUCUUGCCUUAUAUCAGGGUUAGGCCUGUCAAGGUUUUCUAUUGGGAAAAGAAUUUUCCACUAGCCUCAGAUAAACAUGAGAGGUGCAUAGGAAUAUAUUUACAGGUGGGGGAGGGGAGGACUCUUCAAACCAGUUAUAGCUGACAGGCUUUUACAUUGUCUAUCUUUUGCCCUCUAGAGUGAAUUAAACUAUUACAUCCUUGAUAUUUUUCAGAAAAUAUAUUGGUCAAGCAUUCCCUACAAGUUCAAACCACAGCCUUCCAACAUUUUUCUAGAACUUUUCUAGAUGAGGCUUUUGUUGUAUGCUUGCCGUUACUCACUCAUGGCUGUUUGCAGGUACUUUAGACAACGUUGUCACCCUCCAGUUUCACUCCUGAAUUUUAAAAGCACUUCUGUGAAGCGAGGGAGGUGGAAAUCUGGUAAUUUUUUGUAGCCGGGGGGGGGGGGGGACACGACAAGUCUCCACCAUCCCGCUACACCACAGGACCACCUACAGGUAAUGUAGCAGAAAGUAUGGAAAGGCAGGAAAAGACAAGGAUUUUUUUUAUAAAAGAUACAAUUUUAAUUGUGCAGCAAAUCCAGAAAUAGAAACAAUGGGUUAAACAGCAUCGGCCAGAUAAGUACAACAAUUCACAGCAGAAGCUGCCUGAAAUAUAUUCUAAACAACUGCAUCCUUUGAAUGCCUUCCUAAUAUCUUAUUCCGGGCCACCUCUAACCAUUUUUGAAGCUAUAUCCACUUCUCCUACUACAAAAUAGACAGCUUUAUUCAGUAACUGAGGGUGGCCUCAGCCACUAUACAGAAGUGAGAUGAGAGAGAUCAUGAGUGGUUUAUCUCACCUUGGGAUAGUUCUACUCUUAGAUUUUACACAGGUGUUAAAAGGCAGAUCCCAUGAGGUUCCUAUACUGUCUCCCCCUAACACUGUGUAAUAUUCAAAACUGUCCUGAAUGGACUGGCUGUGAUAGAAAAUAAUACCUGGAUUUCUUUGGAAGCCUUAAUCAAACUAAGCCUUACUUUCCCCUUUUUCAAAUCGUUUAAAAUUAGUUUUGGGACUCAGUCCAAGCCACCUUCUUCUACUCUUCUGUUUUAACAGUUUUGAGGAAAACUGCAGUCAUGUGUUUUAGUAAAUCUGAUAAACAUACAUUAUCUUUAAAAUAUACACAAAAUGAUUUUAAAAAUCCCAACUUUUCUCCUUUUAGUGAUCUAUGGUUUGUCAGCUCUGUCGUACUCUGCAAUUUUAAAUGGCCCUUCUGAUUUAAACAUGGGAAAUUUCCUAUCAUUAAUUACUGGGUUUUGCUGCUAUUGUCUUUAGUCACCACUGCUGUGAAAUAACUUUUCAGUAAUUAAAAAUGUGGGUGGCAUGAUAGAGCUUUUCUAGACAACAUUGAUGUCUAAAGCACCCAUAAAACAACCAUGAGUUAAGAAUGCCUCAUCUAGAAAAGCUCCGUCUCCUAUUGCAUGAGAUUCCUGCCCUUCAUGCUUACAGAGCCAAACAAAGUAGUCUUUUAAGUCAGCAGCUGCACUUUUCACCCAAUAAUAUUUUUUCUUUUACCAUACAACAAUGUACAUUGUCCUUUAUUAAUAACUAUGUUCAAUGCAAUUUUUGGAUUGGAGGAAUCUUACUGUUGAACGAAACAUAGUUGAAAAGAAAGACUUUACUUCUAAAUCACAAACCCAUGAUGACCAUUAACCCCAUCUGAUCAUUUAAUGGCAGCUUGGAACACUCCAACAAUUAGUUUCAUUCUACUUUCAUCAUUCCAUGUUUACAUUUCUAGCAGUUUUGGAAACUUGAAAAUAAACAGUCAUGAUCAGUCCUUGCCUACUUUAUGCUGGGUGGGUGUGUUAGAGGUACAACAUCAAUACAUUUUUAGCAGUAGAAUAUUCAGGUUCUUCAUGUCUUGCAUGCAAACAAAUCUCUUGAACCUACUACAGUUAUAUAAUAUCUGCUGUCAGUUGAGCCUUCUGGGACUGGGAUUAAUUAAGCUCCUUCAACAUCAUCUCUUUCCCUGUCCUUCUUCAUUGUAUUGGGACUAUUAUAUGUUCACUAGAAUUGAACACAUAGAAUUUGUUUUCCAUAGAUAAAUGGGAAUAAACCAUUUAAUUUGAAAGCGUUUUUUAAAACAACAACAACAUGUAAGAUUAAUUCGUAUUUAGCAAAAAAAAUUGAUACAUGAUACCUUCUCAGAUGCCUUUCCCCAUAAAAUAGUGGCAGUGACUGUAACUUGAGCCAGGAGUCCAGUUAGAUUGGAGAAAAGCAAAGCAAAGCGAUCCCUCCUAGCGGAAAGAAUAGAAUUCCUCCCUCCCAAAUCAACUUCAAACUUAAUUUGUACCAUAAGCUGGAAAAAUUGCAAAUAAAAAAGCGUAAGUAAGAAAAAUACUACUAUAAAAUAAUAAUGAACUAUCUAGAGAUAAAUAUCAUUUAUCUUGUGGUCUUGAUCACAUACUGAUUAAUUGUUAUCAUUCCCUACUUUGAGUGACGCCUAUGCUGCUACCACUAUAGAAUCAGGCCUUAGCUAGACCUAAGGUUUAUCCCGGGAUUGUCCCGGGGUCAUCCCUGCUCAUGUAAAUGACACACAGGAUAUCCCAGGAGCAGGCAGGGACGAUCCUGGGAUAAACCUUAGGUCUAGCUAAGGCCUCACUAAAGAAAAAGAUUUUUUAAAAAAAGUAUGUUAUUGUGGGCUACUUAUAAUUGCUGUGAUUGUUUUAGUCAUUUCUGUUUAAUAUGCUUUAAGCACCACAUAUUUCUUUAUUGCCCUCCCCGAACAAUAUUUUGCAUAAACCUAUCUUGGCAGAUCAGUUCUUAUAUCUGUCUCUUUUUUUAGAUGUAACAACACACACACACACACACACACACACACGAAUUUCAAUUAUUUGUCCUUCCACCAUACCCAAUGCAUAGUCUAGACCUGGGCAAGCUAUCCCAGAGAACCAGGCUAAAAGUAAAGCAGAUGAGUUAAAACAAAUCACUGUGUGUCUUUAAUGGUGGCAGAGGCAUAAACAUCUUGACAGAUAGUACUAAGUUAAGUAAAUACUGCAGCAAUUUUUAUGAUUGUCUUAACAAAAUGGAAAGCUGGUGUUAUCAUCUAUUGUAGCUCAUUUGUGUUUAGUUCCAUUUUUUGUAAAGAUCUUUUCAGUGUACCUGUGCAGCUGUUUUUUUAUUAUUGUGGUUUUAAUUCUUUGUGGAGCAUAAGAGUCUAACUACAUGUUACAUGCAAACAUGUGAAACGGAGCUCUGACAUCAUAAUGUUUUUAAAGAAAAACGGCUUUGGGAGGAGAUGAUUUGAGCAUAGAAAUGGUGCAUAGCAGGGAAAAGGGUUAAGCACUCCCCUCCACUGCUUCACUCAAAUCCGCACCUUUCUGGAGCCAUUUUUCUUUAAAAUGCACAGCAUUGGACAUCUGUACAGCAUUUGCAUAUAACAUUUAGUUAGUCCCUCAGCAGGACCAAAACUCAUGUAAAAUGAAGCAUCUUCUGAGCUUAAAUCCAGCUUUUAUGUACCAUAACUCUUUCUGACAUCCUUGCACAUUUAGGAAAGUAAAUAGAAAUUGUUGUUUGUGGAAUCUUAUUCACUCUUGCUUUUAACAUGCUUUUAAGAAGCAUAUAUAUUAAAAACUGUUUAAGUUUUAGAUAUUUAUUUGCCAAACUGCAUUCAAAAUGCAAGAAAUCUGUAAUCAGCGCAAUACUUAAAAAAGAAUUUAGAGGACCAAGAUUUCUAGCUAAAGAUACUGCCUUGUUAAGAGUAACCUUAUAUGUAUCUUGAUUGGAUGGUGUUAAUUCAUUGUCUGUCUGGUACUGUUGCAGUGAUUGUACUAGUCUCUUAAUUUACAAUAUGUGGCAAGAAAGAUUGUAAUAAAAUUAUCUAUGUUUAAUAACACUGUGCAUAACUAUUUUUAGAUUUUGUUUUGAAUAUGUUGAGCAACUUCAGAAUUAAAUAAAACAAUAACAGUUUGGUAAUGUUGAUAGUGAAUCAGGUGGCCUUUUAUAUUAAGGUUUUAUUAUUACUUGAUGUAAACACUUGUUGGCUAAGGGGCAGAACCCACACAUGAAAUAUCUAAAGGAAACCCAGGUAAUGCCACAGGAAGCACCGAAUGAGAGCUCAUACAAGUGACCAAAAUAACCCUGUAGUGAGCACCUCCACUCCAAAGCCGCUUGGUUAUCUGUAUUAUGUAGUCGAGGGGUAAGGAGGAUUUCACACACAUCAAGUGCAGGUAAAAUGGGUGACAGAAUAUAUGGUGAAAUUGUUGUCUACGUGCAUGCCAUGCUUCAUACUUUUACAAAGAAAUGUUGAAAAGUCUUACUGGAACAUUAGCACAUUGAUUUGGCAAGUGAACAAAAUGUCAGGUCUCUCUAAGACUUAUUUUAAAAGAGAAGUCUAGGUCCCAUAGCAUGCCAUGGCUGCAUAUGCAAUGGAUCAAAGCUUGACACUAAAUCAAAUUACUUUUUCAUUCUGAUAUUCAGUACCAAAAGAGUUGAGGAGGCAGUAUACAUAUUGAUGAUCCUGGAGAUUCAGGUUAUAAAUGGAGUCUUAAUUCUGUUCUGUGGGCUGCUUGCAGAAAAAUCUCCACUGAGGAACUUCCAAUAGGGUGAGAGUACUAGAGUCAGCAACAGCAACAAAUUAAUUGAACGCUGACAGCUCGUGCACCCCAUUUCUUCAGUAAUCCCUUGCCCUAUGGCUCUUAGACCUUAAAUAGUGUGAACCAUUUAUAAUCUUCUGGUGGUGCAAACUGGAACCUGCAUAUUUCUUUCUACCCUCCUAGUUUUCUUGUCCUUUUUUUUUUCUUGAGCCAUAGAGUUCUUCAUAAGGCAGCCUGAUUUUGAAUGUUUAUUGAGCAAUGGCUGCAAUCUGAGAACUUUUUGCUUCUUUGUUCUAAAAGAAGCACAUUGCUUACCUAGGUGCUGCACUGCCUGUGAACAGACUGUGCAGUUGAUAGAUCAGCUGUAUGGAAAAGAGUAGUGGAAUUCUAGCUUAAUUAGAGUACUGAAGUCCCUCUAUUAAGGAUUCUACAUAUGCAAAUGCAUUUGUGCCUUGGUAACAUCUCAAGACAUUUCAGAUAAGUAAAGUCCUCUAAUUAAAAUGGAAAUGUGAGGUCUUGAAGAUGGUGCUUAUGGGGGAAUUAGCAAAAUGCGAAACAGAAGAAACAAAUUGCUCACUUAUUUCCUUUGGAUUAAAAGGAAGCUGUCUAGAAGAGUGGAAUGUGUUCGCCUUUUAGCCUCUAACGAUAGCCCCACUCCUUUUGUGCAGUUUUCCAAAAUUCUAGUCCUAGGACUAAAUGAUGUCAUCCAAAGACAACAAAUACCCAUGCAACUAGCAUCUAGUACUCCAAGCCUGCUGGCUCCAGGCAUGUGUUUUUCUGAGCAAGGAUGUGUUCUUGAACUGGAGACUUUUGUUAAAAGCCAUAGUUUGGGUGCAUAAAACUGCACAUGCACAACAUAAAAUAAAGGAAACACACUGAAGGUACUGCUAACCAUAAAAAAUAUUGUGCCAUAUUGUUAAGAAGUGGAAAUCACAUGUAUUAUUUGCAUACUGCCUUUUCAUUGCAUUGCUACUUAGAAUAAUAAUUGUAUCUAAAAGAAUGUGGCAUGUAUAUGCUGUAUGUGUAUGUUUUGAAGUCCUAGUUAUACUGGGUAGAAGUAGAAUUUGAGGGCUGGCAGUGCAAACCUUCAGAAAGGGAAUUAAAAGUAUAUAUUUUUAUAGACCGUUGAAUGAUGUUAGGUCUCAUCUGCGCCACAUCAGCCUCUUCCAGGAAUAUAAAGCUGCUAGAUUGGAUAGAAAAGGGUGGCUGUAGAAAUGAGAAGGACAGUUCAAUCAGUCCCAACAGCCCUAGAUGGAUUUAAUUAAUAAAGAUGCCUUUGAAAUAUAUUUUUAGCUCUAAAAUGUUAAAUGGAGACAUAUUUACAAGCAAACUUUCUAUGUAUUUGACAUUUGUGUAGUGCUUUGUAUUGAAGAAAUCAAUCUGUUAUGUGUUUAUACCUCUUGUUCUUGAGUUGUAGGGACAAAAAAGUAGAUAAAUCGUUUAUACGCCAGAAAAAAUAAUCUGUGUGAUAUAUAACUGUGUAUAAUGUCAGUGGCCAGAGUCCCAAUGAAAAUGUUGUUUGUAUACUUUCUGGUUUAGCACAUGUGACUUUUAUCCAUUUUGUAGUAAAGUUUACAUGCUAAAAUAUGUAGGAAGAUGAUAAUAAAGUCAAUGAACUACCUGAGCAAAGGCCAAGAACUAAUAAUUCCUGUUGAACAAAAAUCUAUGAUUUAUGGAUUUACUAUUUUAAUACAAAAGUAUCAAGCUGUCCCAAAUCUUGUGUUUCACUAAAGUGAGGUAUGGUGGGGAGGUCACUUAAGAGUAUUUCUAUAUUCUCAGCAGUGUUCCUUGUAGGCUUGCAUUCAAAUUGAUGAAAGUGAAGAUGGUGGGAGAUAUUCCACCAUUUAUUGGAUGGAAUUAUUUAAUCCAACCAGAGUAGCAUGCACCUUGCAUGACUUGCUAGGCUGUUAUUAAUAUAGGGCCUAUUCAAACAACCUGCUAAGCCAUGGUUAGGCCGCUAACCCUUUUGCAGCAAAUGGUUAGUGAGCAUGUUUAAACCAUGGUUAUGUAGCCACCAUGGUUAGGAAUGGUUCACAUGACACGCUAAGCCAUAAUGUUUAACUCAAAAUGCCUGACCACCGUGGCUUAGCAAUGUCGUGGAAUGAUUAACGGCUGUUUUUGUUUUGUUUUUUAAGUAGUGGUUUUCCGGUCCAAGGGUCAUGAAAGUGAGAAGUAAGCAAAGAGUAAGAACAUUAGGAGAGGGGUGCUGCUUUUCCAUCUUCCUCCUCAAAAAAGAGAAUAUCAAAGUCUUUUCUAAAGUUCAUGUUACAGAUUAAGUAUCCCCAUUAAUUAGUUGUUAUUCAAAAAAUAAUAUUGAAGUUCUUGGGAGGGGGGCAGCAGCAUUCAAAAAGGCCAAACGCUGAAAGAUUUCAUGCACUACAAACCUGUAUCCCCCAACCUACUGCUCUGGUACAGACAAGGAACACACUUUCUGUGUUCUUUGCCUGAUCAGCAGGGCAGGCUGGAUAUAGGAGGCACAUACAAAGACACCCUUCCUCAGUAACUGCCUAAAGGACAGCUUAC